AUGCGGUACAAAGUCAGUGUGGUGGGGUCGGCGGGCUGCGGGAAGACCACCCUUGUUCAUUCUCUUGCAUACAACAGACCACCCAGAGAUACAACCGAGACCGUAGACAUCCACAGUAUGCGCCUGCGUGUCGGAAGCGAAACCGUGAGCAUCCGAUUGUGGGACACAAUGAAGGGCGAAUAUAUGGGAGGUGUCUCGUCUCUAGCGCACAAGAGCGCAUGUAUAUGUCUGGUAGUCUUCGAUUUCGUCUCCAGGCCAAGCUUUGUGGCGGCCUCGCAGUAUGUGCAGAAGGUUCUUGGGCUGGAACCGGAUCUCUCUAUUAUUUUCGUGGCGACAAAGUGUGACUUAGCAGAGCUGAAUCACAAGAUUGCUGUAACUCAUGAGGAGGCCCGGGCGUUCGCUGCGCUCUAUGACUCUCCGAUAUUCUUCAUUUGUGGCCUCACUGGAAUUGGCACCAAUCAAGUAAUAGCUGAAAUGAGCACAAUCAUUGCUCGCAAGAUGGCCAGCAGCAUGCCGAAGUCUGUCCUUUCCCUUGAGGACCUCGAGAUAGCUCCUCCUUCUUCACGGUGCUACUGUUAG